AUCAACGGUCCCAGGAGCCCCAUCAAGAUCAACCGUUCAGGAAGCCUGAGAAAGCUUAGAAGCUUCAAGAUUUACGGCCUUCUUGAGAAAAUUCUGAACAUCGUCUUCAAGAGGCAUCUGAAUCAACGGCGAGCCCAAUCCAUCGGCGAUCGCAAGGAAAAUCUUGCUCAUCUCGUUCCUGAACUCGUCGAGAUCGACGGUCCUGCUCUAAUCGCAGUCGAACUUCUCAAAAAUCGAGUCGUAGAGCCGAGUCAGCUCCUCUGGCGGCGUCGCAACGUCGACGCCGAAGUGUGUAUUUGA